ACUCAUCGCACCAUAGCCAUGCCAAGCGGCUAGAAUUACCCUGACACAUCUCCACUUUCACCCAUUUCCUCCAUGAGAGGGUCGCUUUCGGCUAUUUUGCUUGAUACGCCCCACCCUCUCGCGACGGAAUUUGUUCCAAGUAGUAUUUUUUUAUGUAUCGUCAACCCAUCUGAUCUUUGACUCCUGCGUUUGAGAUGUUGAAAAAUCACCUCAUGUAUGGAGAGGUCGUCGUAAUGAGGAAUAGACACGAAUGCACGUUUAGUUUUACAUUUCUAUAAGAUGACAACGAUUGUCACGCCGUCUACUCAAAGGAAAUCUGUUUCUUACGGCUGAUGAUUUCACUUACUUACUUUCGCUUCUUUCUAAAUAUCUGAUGUCUUAUCCUCAGCAGGUCUGAUUCUUUUCUUGGUCUUGUUCAAACGUUCUUUAUCUAUUUAUUUAUAUUUCUGAUAUUGCCGUGCUGUGCAUAUUGUCACCUUCAAUCUAUGAUCAUAUCUUCUAUUCUCGACAAACAAAAUGCCUACCCUUAAACAACUCCUUCUCCUAACCCCCGCUCUUUUCUCUACAAUCCACGCUCAAGGCGUACUCCUCUCAGCUCAAGGAACCAAAGACUCCCCUGCCUCUCUUCCCCUCCAAGUUCAACUCAACACUAACGACGCAAAUAUAAUCAACGCGGCCGAAAUCAACAGCAACAUCGUAAAUGAAUGCGGACGCACAAUUCUCAACGGCAAUAUCGAUAUUGGCGAAAAUACCGAAACACAAUUAGCUAAGAAAAGCGUAACAUCGGUUACGAAAGGAAGUGUCGUUAAUGUGGUGAUACAGCAAGGAGGUGCCAAUGGAAAGGGUCCGUAUAAGUGUGAUAUGGAUCCGACAAGUAACGGGUUGGGAUCGGGGCAGACGAAAUUGGCGGUUAAGGAGACAGAUGGGAAAGGAGGAAAUAUAAACUUAGCUGUUACUAUGCCGAGUAAUAUGAGUUGUAUUGGUGGUAUGUUUAGGCCCUUGCUAUUAUAUCCUAUUAACCCCUCUCCAUACUCACGGACCAAAAUCUUCAAGUCAAAUUCAACAACUAACAAAACCUAGCUUCAACUGGAAAUAUCUGCACAGUCCGUUGUUUUAACGCAGCAACCGCUGGACCAUUCGGCGGUUGUUUUGCAGUGAUGCAGACGGAUGAGACGGCUAGCAAGAAUACACCUGGGACAAUUGCCACAGCGCAAACUUUGAAGGGUGUUGAGGCCCAGGUUUUACAGUACGUUUUUGACUUAACGUUCUUAUCAUCGUAGAGAAACACUCGCCUUCAUUGUGCAAUCCUCCUCCAAUCAUCUAAAAUGCUUUCUAAAACCUAUUCUCCAUCUCGUAUCCUCUUAACCAAUCCCUCGCCCCUAGCCGCGAGCUAUAACUCCUCACAAUUCCCACUAACAUCCAUCCUAGGAACAACAAAGAUCUCCCCGCCGCCAUGAAAGCAAAUUCCGAAGCAACGCUUAACGAACAAGGAGUUUUUGCAGUCGAAGCACUUCUUAGUUCUUCCCUUGCAGCGGUUCCUACUGUUACUGCGAAAGCCGCGGCUACUCCUGCUGCUGCUGCGGGAAAGAAGAACGGGAACGGCAAUGGGAAGAACGGCAAUGGGAAUGGGAAUGGGAAUGGGAAUGGGAGAUUUGGAGGAGAUAAUGGGAACGGGAGGUUUCCUAAGACGUUUUUUGCGUAAGGGGUAUUUAUGGGAUGGAGAUAGUGGGAGGUGUGUUGACAGCGUGAUGAGAUGAGUUGAGAUGAAUGGGAUAAGAUGGGGUGUAGUUAGAUACCCGGCUUUUUAUUUUAUUUAUUCAACAAUAUUUAUAUAUUACUUCGAUUCGGAACCAUGGUAAUAUAUUCUUCGUACUUGUU